AUGGCCACACACACCAAACAUGUGCUGUGGACCUUCACCAAUCAUACUUUUCUCUCGCUUCGCCGCUGCACGGUUUGUGAUCCUGAUCCAAUCUGCAUCGAUCGAUACCUUGACGAGGCGUCCAACAUUGCCCUAAGGCUACAUCUUCUCAGUUAUAGUCCGAUUCGAGCCAGUCCUCCAAGCAAUCCCAAAUGGGCGCGGGCCAUUUUGAUCACUAUGUUGCUCGCACAUAUCAUUAUGCUCCUACUGGCCUCAUCUGUGCUCUUGCUUCGGAUUCUAAGCAAGAAAUUUACCUUGGCAUCUAUCACUCGGCUUGCCGUCACUGGUCUAGGAAUGCAGCUAGCGAUUGAUUAUGGUAUCAGUAAUCCAGCAGCAAAGGUGCACAUACCUGGAAUAAAGUAUGUCAUUGUCUGGAUUGGAGUUUGGUGCUUCUGUUGGAGUACAGCCUGUCAAUAUAUAUGCGCACGAUGGGAUCCGCCCUGGCAGUCCAAUUCAAUGGAUCGCAAGCUCAACAUUGUCCCCUUACCAGUUGUGAUGAUGCUCAAUGUCAUGUCCGUUGGACUGGCCAUCAUUGGUGUAGCGCUUAUCAUGACGGUCUUCUCGUUGGCCAAUUAUCAGUACAUACAACUGUCGGAUGCAGUGAACUACAUUGAAAAAUCUCUUGCCGACAAAUCUCUCGGUCAUGAUGCUCAGACUUAUGAAGUAUUGUCAAACUUUCCCAAUAUGCCAUUAAAAAAGCUGGAUCAUCUCAUUGUUUAUUCGCCCUUUAUCAUCUUCACAUACAUUCAAUUGAAGCAAUAUCGUAAAUUUGCCCCAAAAGACUGGUAUGAGAGUAAGAAGGGACCUCAAAAACAUCAAUCAAAGAUGACAAGAGGCACUCGAAUCGAUUGUCGCAAAGAAAUGCGCACUCUACUAGUUACCGCUGGUACCAUUUAUUCGGUUUUGAUCGUGGAAUGGCCUCUGCUAGUAUGGGAAUAUCUACAUAUAUCGGCUGGCCAUUGCCAGUCUGGAGAAGGGCUCGUGAUCCGGGAGAUGGGAAUUUGUAAGGAUCUUCCGCUCUCGAGAUGUCUCCUGCUCAAAUGGCUAACAGUAAAAUUUGAACACAUUUUCCCUAUUCUUUGUUUCAUUGCACUUGCUAGGGUCAUUGGUGCAACGCUAGCUCAGACUAUCCGUCUCAUCCAACCUAAUCCUUGGUCAAUACGACGUUCCAUUCAAAACAGAUUUUCAAGACAGCCACCUCCACAGAUCAUAGAACCAGACAACACCCAGCCUCCUGUCCGAGAGCUCACAGUGAGCGUUCUGCAGGUAACCGAAUCACAGGCGUCGGAGCAGUUGGACCAACCCAACUUUGAUAUUCUUCAAACCUGGGCCCAACGAAAAGCUCAAUCCCAACUUCAUGUUGAUAAGGAAGACAAAGCAAUGGAAAUGGAUCUACUCGAUACGUCCGGAUAUCAACGUCACGAUCUCUCUUAA